CAGUCUUUCGUGUGUUUUCUUCGCAGCCGCAUUGGAGAAUCGGAGCGAGCAGGGAAAAUCCGUUUCUCAGUCGCGUUCUCCUCGUGUCGCCGUCGGAAUUCGGUUUGCUUUCCCAGAAUCUGGCUAUAAUACCAGUAAAUAUAGUAGCAAUAUACGAAAGAGUGUCCAAGUUAAUACCCAAGUGCUGUGCAGACAAAUUGAAGUUGGAUCGACUAUUGCAGCCCCUGAAAAUCUCUGUUCGCCGCGGUUUAUUUUUGUUUUCGUCACCGUUUUCUGUCGCCGUCGCCGUUGUCGUCGCCGCUGCUUUUUCGCCGCGUGUGAAAAGUUUGGUGAUAAUCGUUUGAUAAUACAAUUUCCUUAAAUUUCCGCAAAAAGCAAAGUGUGUGUUUCGAAAAAGUGGCUGAGAAAAGCCAACAGCGAAUACUCAAACAAAACAGCAGCAGCACAACAAAUACGCGGAGUAAAAGGCGAAAAGAAAUAUUGUUCAACAAGUCAAACGAGUUCUUUUUGGCUCGCUUCGGCCGUGUGGCUAAAGAUACAACAACAUUGUGUUUGUGGCAGCGGGUUUUCGCCUUGCUUUUUUUGUUGCUGCCGCUUGCGCGUUUGGUAAAAUAUAUUGGCAACAGCCGUAGCAUUUCAGCGCUUUAAAAGCAGCAGCGCCGCAGCUAAGAAAGGCCACAAAAUAUUUGCCAUGGCCAAGUUGGAAGGAGGCAACCUCCGCCAAGGGCGCUCUUAGCUCCUUUUAGAGUUCUCCCACCCAGAGAGGAUUCUCGAACCACGAAAGCCGCUUUGGAACCGGCGCCGCCAGGAAAACGAUGACGAGGACGUCCGCUGGGAGUCACCAGCCGAAGGACUUCACAAUGUUCCAUCGAUGCCGGAGAUGCUCCAUCAGCAAAUCGAGAUCUUCGCCCCCCGCCCUGCAUCCUUCGCACAUGCUGAGGAGCAGCUUACUCUGCCUCAUGGUGAUCCUGCUCGCGGGGUCCUCCCUGGCCGCCUCCAGUGACAAGGAGCGGGAGCGCAGGCUGGAGGUCUUCGAGGGCGUGGCCGUGGACCACCAGAUCGGCUACAUAGGGGACUUCGACGGGAUCGACAGUGGGCCUCCGUACAUAAUCGUGGCGGAGGCGGGAGUGGAGACGGAUCUGGCCAUAGACCGGGCCACGGGGGAGAUCCGCACCAAGGUGAAACUGGACCGGGAGGCGCGGGCCUCCUACAGCCUGGUGGCCAUUCCCCUGAGUGGCCGCAACAUCCGGGUGGUGGUCACGGUGAAGGAUGAGAACGACAACGCCCCCACGUUCCCGCAACCCUCGAUGCACAUCGAGUUCCCGGAGAACACGCCCCGGGAGGUGAAGAGGACCCUGCUCCCGGCCAGGGACCUCGACCUGGAGCCCUACAACACCCAGAAGUACAACAUCGUUUCGGGGAACGUGAACGACGCCUUCAGGCUCUCCUCGCACAGGGAGCGGGAUGGCGUGCUCUACUUGGACCUGCAGAUCAGCGGCUUCCUGGACAGGGAGACCACGCCGGGCUACAGCCUCCUGAUCGAAGCCCUCGACGGCGGGAGUCCCCCGCUGCGGGGAUUCAUGACCGUCAACAUCACCAUCCAGGACGUGAACGACAACCAGCCGAUCUUCAACCAGAGCCGGUACUUCGCCACCGUUCCGGAGAACGCCACCGUGGGCACGAGUGUCCUCCAGGUCUACGCCUCGGACACGGACGCCGACGAGAACGGCCUGGUGGAGUACGCCAUCAACAGGCGGCAGAGCGACAAGGAGCAGAUGUUCCGCAUCGACCCCCGGACAGGGGCCAUCUACAUCAACAAGGCCCUGGACUUCGAGACCAAGGAGCUGCACGAACUGGUGGUGGUGGCCAAGGACCACGGCGAACAGCCGCUGGAGACGACGGCCUUUGUGUCUAUCAGGGUCACCGAUGUGAACGACAACCAGCCCACCAUCAACGUGAUCUUCCUCAGCGACGACGCCUCCCCGAAGAUCUCGGAGUCCGCGCAGCCGGGGGAGUUCGUGGCCAGGAUAUCGGUGCACGACCCGGACUCGAAGGCGGAGUACGCCAACGUGAACGUCACCCUGAACGGCGGGGACGGACACUUCGCGCUGGCCACCCGGGACAACAGCAUCUACCUGGUGAUAGUCAACCUGCCGCUGGACCGGGAGAUGGUCUCCAACUACACGCUCAGCGUGGUGGCCACCGACAAGGGAACGCCGCCCCUGCACGCCGCCAAGUCGAUCUUCCUGCGCAUCACCGACGUCAACGACAACCCGCCGGAGUUCGAGCAGGAGCUGUACCACGCCAACGUGAUGGAGGUGGCCGACCCGGGCACCUCGGUGCUGCAGGUCCUGGCCCACGACCGCGACGAGGGCCUGAACUCGGCCCUCAGCUACUCCCUGGCCGAGACCCCCGAGACGCACGCCCAGUGGUUCCAGAUCGACCCCCAGACGGGCCUGAUCACCACCCGGUCGCACAUCGACUGCGAGACGGAGCCGGUGCCGCAGCUCACGGUCGUGGCCAGGGACGGAGGCGUCCCGCCGCUCUCCUCCAGCGCCACCGUGCUGGUGACCAUCCACGACGUGAACGACAACGAGCCCAUCUUCGACCAGAGCUUCUACAACGUUUCCGUCGCCGAGAACGAGCCCGUGGGCAGGUGCAUACUCAAGGUUUCCGCCAGCGAUCCGGACUGCGGGGUAAACGCCAUGGUGAACUACACUUUGGGCGAGGGCUUCAAGCACCUCACGGAGUUCGAGGUGCGCUCCGCCUCCGGGGAGAUUUGCAUAGCCGGGGAGCUGGACUUCGAGCGGAGGAGCAGCUACGAGUUCCCCGUCCUAGCCACCGACCGCGGAGGCCUGAGCACCACGGCCAUGAUCAAGAUGCAGCUGACGGACGUGAACGACAACCGGCCGGUGUUCUAUCCCCGGGAGUACAACGUCUCGCUGAGGGAGUCCUCGAGCGGCCCCUCGCAGGCCUCCUCGAGCAACCCGAUCGUGGCGGUGGUGGCCACCGAUCCGGACUCGGGCUCCUUCGGCCAGGUCUCCUACAGGAUCGUGGCCGGCAACGAGGCGGGCAUCUUCCGGAUCGACCGCUCCUCCGGCGAGAUCUUCGUGGCCCGGCCGGACAUGCUCUCCGUGCGCACCCAACCCAUGCACAUGCUGAACAUCUCGGCGACCGACGGCGGUAACCUGAGGAGCGGCGCGGAUGCGGUGGUCUUCCUCAGCAUCAUCGACGCCAUGCAGCGGCCCCCGAUCUUCGAGAAGCCCCGGUACAACUACUACGUGAAGGAGGACAUUCCGAGGGGCACGGUCGUGGGCUCGGUGAUUGCCACGAGUGGAGAUACCGCCCAUCGAAGCCCCGUGAGGUACUCGAUCUACUCCGGCGAUCCCGAUGGCUACUUCAGCAUAGAGGCCAGCUCUGGGAACAUUAGAAUCGCCAAGCCCCUGGAUCACGAGGCCAAGUCCCAGGUGCUGCUGAACAUCCAGGCCACCUUGGGCGAACCCCCUGUUUACGGACACACUCAGGUCAACAUUGAGGUGGAGGAUGUGAAUGACAACGCCCCGGAGUUCGAGGCCAGCAUGGUCAGGAUCUCGGUGCCGGAGAACGCGGAGCUGGGAGCUCCACUCUACGCUGCCCAUGCCCACGACAAGGAUUCGGGGAGCAGUGGCCAAGUCACCUACAGCCUGGCCAGGGACUCGGGCAAGAGGCUCUUCGCGAUCGAUGCCAGAUCCGGCCACCUGGUCCUAUCCCAGCACCUGGACUACGAGGCCUCGCAACGCCACUCCCUGGUCGUGACCGCCACGGACGGAGGAGUCCCGAGCCUCUCAACGAACCUCACCAUCUUGGUGGACGUCCAGGACGUGAACGACAACCCGCCAGUGUUCGAGAGGGAGGAGUACUCCGUAAACGUUUCCGAAUCCCGAGCGAUCAACGCGCAGAUUAUUCAGGUUAAUGCCAGCGACCUGGACACCGGCAACAACGCCAGGAUCACCUACAGGAUCGUGGACGCCGGAGUGGACAACGUCACGAACUCCCUCAGCAGCUCCGACGUGGCGCAGCACUUCGGGAUCUUUCCCAACUCCGGCUGGAUAUACCUGCGCGCUCCGCUGGACCGGGAGACGAGGGACCGCUACCAGCUGACGGUUUUGGCCACGGACAACGGCACGCCCGCCGCCCACGCCAGGACCAGGGUCACGGUCCGAGUGCUCGACGCCAACGACAACGACCCCAAGUUCCAGAAGGCCCAGUACGAGUUCCGCAUCGAGGAGAACCUCAGGCGGGGAUCCGUCGUGGGAGUGGUGGCCGCCGGGGAUCUGGACCUCGGCGAGAACGCGGCCAUAAGAUACAGCCUGCUGCCGGCCAACUCGAGCUUCCAGGUGCAUCCCGUCACAGGCGAAAUCACCACCCGUGAGCCGCUCGACCGGGAGCUCCGCGAACUGUACGACCUCGUGGUGGAGGCCCGCGACCAGGGAACCCCGGUGAGGAGCGCCCGCGCUCCCGUCCGCGUCCUGGUGACCGACGUCAACGACAACGCGCCCGAGAUCGCGGACCCGCAGGAGGACGUGGUCAGCGUGCGGGAGGAGCAGCCGCCGGGCACCGAGGUGGUGCGGAUCCGGGCCAUCGACCGGGACCACGGGCAGAACGCCUCCAUCACCUACUCGAUCGUGAAGGGGCGCGACUCCGACGGACACGGCCUGUUCAGCAUCGACCCGAGCAGCGGGCUCAUCCGGACGCGGGUGGUCUUGGACCACGAGGAGCGGAGCAUCUACCGCCUGGGCGUGGCCGCCUCCGACGGCGGCAGUCCGCCCAGGGAGACGGUGCGGAUGCUGCGCGUCGAGGUCCUGGACCUGAACGACAACCGGCCGACGUUCACCAGUUCCAGCCUGGUUUUCAGGGUACGCGAGGACGCAGUCGUGGGCCAUGUGGUCGGCUCCAUCAGCCCCACCGAGCGUCCGGCGGAAGUGGUGCGCAACAGCGUGGAGGAGUCCUCCGAGGAGCUGCGCGUCACCUACUCGCUGAACCCCCUCACCAAGGACCUCAUCGAGGCGGCCUUCGACAUCGACCGCCACUCGGGGAACCUCGUCGUGGCGCGCCUGCUGGACAGGGAGGUGCAGUCCGAGUUCCGGCUGGAGAUCCGGGCCCUGGACACCACGGCCAGCAACAAUCCGCAGAGCAGCGCCAUCACGGUGAAGAUCGAGGUGGCCGACGUCAACGACAACGCCCCCCAAUGGCCGCAGGAUCCCAUCGAUCUGCAGGUGAGCGAAGCCACGCCCCUCGGCUCGAUAAUCCACAACUUCACGGCCACGGAUGCGGACACGGGAACCAACGGGGAGCUGCAGUACCGCCUGCUGCGCUACUUUCCUCAGGUCAACGAGAGCCUCGAGCAGGCGGAGCCGCUCUUCGGGCUGGAUUCCUUGACGGGAUCCCUCUCCCUGCAGGCUCCCCUGGACUUCGAGGCCGUGCAGGAGUACCUGCUCGUGGUGCAGGCCUUGGACCAGUCCUCGAAUGUCACGGAACGACUGCAGACCUCGGUGACCGUGCGACUCCGGGUUCUGGACGCCAACGACAACGCCCCGCAGUUCGUCUCCCCCAACUCGAGUGGUGGCAAGGCGGCCUCGCUCCUUAUCAGCGAUGCCACCAGGAUCGGCGAGGUUGUGGCCCACAUCGUGGCCGUGGACGCGGACUCCGGCGAAAACGGGGAGCUCACCUACGAGAUCACGGGAGGCAACGGCGAGGGCCGCUUCAGGAUCAACCCGCAAACGGGAGUGAUCGAGCUGGUGAAGUCCUUGCCUCCUGCCGCCGAGGACGUGGAGAAAAGCGGCCGCUUCAGCCUCAUCAUCAGCGCCAAGGACCACGGACAGCCGGAGCCCAAGAGGAGCUCCCUGAACCUGCAACUGGUCGUCCAGGGCAGCCACAACAACCCACCUCGAUUUCUGCAGGCGGUCUACCGAGCCACGAUUCUGGAGAACGUUCCCAGUGGAAGCUUCGUCCUGCAGGUCACGGCGAAGUCCCUCCACGGCGGCGAAAAUGCCAAUCUGAGCUACGAAAUUCCCGCCAGCGUGGCCAACGACCUCUUCCACGUGGACUGGCAGAGGGGAAUCAUUACCACCCGCGGUCAGUUCGAUCGGGAGUCCCAGGCGCACUAUGUCCUGCCCGUCUACGUGAGAGACGCCAACCGCCUGGCCACUUCGUCCUCGUCCGCGGUGAGGAAGCAGCGCUCCUCGGAGAGCAACGGAGAGCCUGCCAAUGGGCAGCACUUCGAUGUGGCCACGGUUCACAUUUCGAUCGGGGAUGUCAACGACAACUCCCCGGAGUUCCGACCCGGAUCCUGCUACGGUCUGUCCGUUCCGGAGAACAGCGAGGCGGGAGUCAUCCACACCGUGGUGGCCAGCGACCUGGACGAAGGUCCAAACGCGGAUCUCAUUUACAGCAUUGCAGCCGGCAACGUGGGCAACAAGUUCUCCAUCGACGCCCGGUCCGGGGAGCUGAGUGCGCGACCGCUGGACAGGGAGCAGCAGCACCUGUACGUCCUGCAGAUCCAGGCCUCCGACCGGGGGCAGCCCAAGAGUCGCCAGGGCCACUGCAACGUGACCGUCCUGGUGGAGGACCAGAACGACAACGCGCCGCGCUUCAAGCUGAGCAAGUACGUCGCCAGCGUGCAGGAGGACGCCCCACUCGGGAGCAGCGUGGUGCAGGUCGGUGCAACCGAUGCGGAUCUGGGCGUGAACGCCAGACUCGUCUACUCCCUCGCUAACGAGACCCAAUGGCAGUUCGCUAUCGACAGCCAGAGCGGACUAAUCACCACCGUCGGAAAACUGGAUCGCGAGCUGCAGGCGAGCUACAGCUUCAUGGUUUUGGCCACGGACGGAGGGCGCUAUGAGGUGCGAUCGGCCUCGGUUCCGGUGACGAUCAACGUGCUGGACGUGAACGACAACCGGCCCGUCUUCGAGCGGUACCCCUACACCGGGCAGGUCCCGGCCCUCAUACAGCCGGGGCAGACCCUGCUGAAAGUGCAGGCCCACGACGCCGACCUGGGAGCCAACGGGGAGGUUGUGUACUCCCUCAAGGCGGAGAACUCCGCGGUGAGCGGCAAGUUCCGGAUAAACCCCAGCACGGGGGCCCUCAGCGCCUCGCAGAGCCUGGCCAGCGAGUCCGGGAAGCUGCUGCAGCUGGAGGUGGUGGCCAGGGACAAGGGCAGCCCCACGCAGUCCAGCCUGGGCCUCAUCGAGCUCCUGGUGGGAGAAGCGGCCCCCGGGCUGCCCGUGCUCCGCUUCCAGAACGAGACCUACCGGGUAAAGCUGAAGGAGAACUCCCCGUCGGGCACGAAGCUCCUCCAGGUGGUGGCCCUCCGGAGCGACGGCCGCCGGCAGAAGGUGCAGUUCUCCUUCGGCGCCGGCAACGAGGACGGGAUCCUCUCCUUGGACUCCCUCUCGGGGGACGUGCGGGUGAACAAGCCGCACCUGCUCGACUUCGACCGCUUCGCCACGCCCUCGAUGUCCGCCCUGAAUCGCGGCAGGUCGCUGCACUACGAGAUGGAAGCGGAGGAGCCCCCGGAGGAGAACGCGAGCAACAGCACCCGAUCGCAAAGGGCCCUGACCUCCGCCUCCUUCGCCCUGACCAACGGCCAGCCCAACGAGAUCCGCGUGGUGCUGGUGGCCCGCAGCACGGACGCCCCUGCACUGGCCACCUACGCGGAGCUGGUCGUCGAGCUGGAGGACGAGAACGACAACAGCCCGCAGUUCUCGCAGAGGCAGUUCGUGGCCGCCGUGUCCGAGGGCACCAGCAAAGGAGCCUUCGUGGCCCAGGUGCAGGCCUUCGACGCGGACGAGGGCGCCAACGCCCGGCUGAGGUACCACAUCGUGGACGGGAACCACGACAACGCCUUCGUCAUCGAGCCCGCCUUCAGCGGCCUCGUCAGGACGAACAUCGUGCUCGACCGCGAGAUCCGCGACCUCUACAAGCUCAAGAUCAUCGCCACGGACGAGGGGGUGCCCCAGAUGACGGGCACCGCCACCAUCCGGGUGCAGAUCGUCGACGUGAACGACAACCAGCCCACCUUUCCGCCCAACAACUUCGUCGCCGUCAGCGAAGCCACUGAGCUCGGAGCCGUCGUAACCUCCAUUUCAGCCAACGAUGUGGACACCCAUCCCGCGCUAACCUACCGCCUCGCCAGCGAGUCCCCCCUGGAAUUGGAGAACCUGUCCGUCUUCGCCCUGGAUCGGUACAGUGGAAAGCUGGUCCUGAAACGCCGCCUGGACUACGAGCUGCAGCAGGAGUACGAGCUGGAGGUGAUUGCCUCGGACGCCGCCCACGAAGCCCGCACCAUCCUCUCCGUUCGGGUGAACGACGAGAACGACAACGCGCCGGUGUUCCUGGCCCAACAGCCGCCGGCAUACUUCGCCAUCCUGCCCGCCCUGCCGGAGAUCGGCGAGGGUCUCUCCGCGGAACUGGAGCUCCUCACGGUCAACGCCACCGACGCGGACUCGGAGGGCAGCAACUCCGAGGUCGCGUACUCCAUCGAUCCAGUGGUCGAGGGCUUCUCGGUGCACCCAUCGAGUGGCGUGGUUUCGGUGAACAUCAGCAGGCUGCAGCCCGCCGUUUCCCCCAGCGGCGACUACUUCGUGAGCAUACUGGCCAGGGAUUCGGGCAAGCCGGCGAUGAGGAGCUCCACGUUGCUCAGGGUUCAGGCCAGCGAGAUCGGCGCAGGGCGCUCGCAGUUCCUGCAGACCCAGUACCGAGCCCAGAUCAGCGAGGCAGCUCCGCUGGGAGCGGUCGUCCUGCAACUCGGCCAAGACGUGCUGGAGCAGGCCUUCUCCAUCGUCUCCGGGAACGAGGAGGCCGCCUUCGAGCUGCUGCAGUCCAAGGCUAUUGUGCUGGUGAAGCCUCUGGAUAGGGAAAGGAACGACCUGUACAAACUCCGGCUGGUGCUGAGCCACUCGCACGGGUCGGCCAUCUCGGCGAUCCCGGCGAGCGCCAACUCGACGGCGGGCAUCUCGGUGAUCAUCACCGUGCUGGACGCCAACGACAACGCCCCCGUCUUCGAGCGGAGCGCCAAGUACGAGGCGGAGAUCAGCGAGCUGGCGCCCCUGCGGUUCUCCAUCGCCCAGCUGCAGGCGGUCGACGCGGACCAGGAGAACACCCCCAACUCGGAGGUGGUCUACGACAUCACCUCCGGCAACGACGAGCACAUGUUCACCAUCGACCUCGUCACGGGCGUCCUCUUCGUGAACAACCGCCUGGACUACGACUCCGGAGCCAGGAGCUACGAGCUGAUCAUCCGCGCCUGCGACAGCCAUCAGCCACGCCCCCUCUGCUCCCUGCAGCCCUUCCGCCUGGAGCUGCACGACGAGAACGACAACGAGCCGCGCUUCCCGCUCUCCGAGUACGUGCACUUCCUGCCCGAGAACGAGCCCGUCGGCAGCUCCGUGUUCCGGGCCCACGCCAGCGACCUGGACAAGGGGCCCUUCGGCCAGCUCAACUACAGCAUCGCCCCCGCCCCCAGCGACGAGGCCUCCUGGAAGCUGUUCCGCGUGGACCCCGACUCCGGGGUGGUCACCUCCGGCGCCGUCUUCGACUUCGAGCAGCGCCAGCGCUACGACCUGCGGCUGGUGGCCUCCGACAUGGGCGGCCGCAGGGCCACGGUGGCCGUGCGCGUGGAGAUCGAGUCGCGGGACGAGUUCGCGCCGCAGUUCUCGGAGCGCACGUACCGCUUCGUGCUGCCGGCGGCGGUGGCGCUGCCCCAGGGCUUCGUUGUCGGCCAGGUGACGGCCUCCGAUGGCGACAGUGGCCCCGACGGCCGCGUGGUCUACCAGCUGAGCGCCCCGCACUCGCACUUCAAGGUGAACCGCACCAGCGGCGCGCUGCUCCUCCGGCGGAAGCUGAAGCUGGACGGCGAGAGGGAGGGGGAGGGGGUCGUGUACGCCGAUGGGCGGGACAUCAGCCUGGUGGUGUCGGCCUCCUCGGGACGGCACAACUCGCUGACCAGCAUGGCGGUGGUCGAGAUCGCGCUAGAUCCUCUGGCGCAUCCGGGCACCAACCUGGCCAGCGCAGGAGGAGGCUCCUCCGGCGGCUCCAUGGGCGACUGGGCCAUCGGCCUGCUGGUGGCCUUCCUCCUGCUCCUCUGCGCCGCCGCCGGCAUCUUCCUGUUCGUCCACAUGCGGAGCCGCAAGCCGCGCAACGUGGUCAAGCCGCAUCUCAGCUCCGAGACGGUGGGCGUGGGCAACUCCAACAGCUACGUGGACCCCAGCGCCUUCGACACGAUCCCCAUCCGGGGAUCCAUCACCGGCGGGGCGGCGGGAGCGGCCUCCGGCCAGUUCGCCCCGCCCAAGUACGACGAGAUCCCGCCCUUCGGCCCGCACGCCGGCAGCUCCGGCGCAGCCACCACCUCCGAGCUCUCCGGCUCGGAGCAGUCCGGCUCGAGCGGGCGCGGGUCGGCGGAGGACGACGGGGAGGACGAGGAGAUCCGCAUGAUCAACGAGGGCCCGCUGCACCACCGCAACGGCGGAGGCGGAGUCGGAGGAGGAGGGGGCGUGGGCAGCGACGACGGGCGCAUCUCGGACAUCUCGGUGCAGAACACGCAGGAGUACCUCGCCCGGCUGGGCAUCGUGGACCACGACCCGAGUGGCGCUGGUGGCGGGGGCGGGGCCUCCAGCAUGGCCGGCUCCAGCCACCCGAUGCACCUGUUCCACGACGACGACGCCGCCACCUCGCGCUCGGACAUCACGAACCUCAUCUACGCCAAGCUGAACGACGUCACGGGAGCGGGCUCGGAGCGGGGGAGCAGUGCGGACGACGCGGGCACCACGGCGGGCUCCAUCGGGACCAUUGGCACCAUCGGGACCAUCGGCACCGUGGGCAUCGGCCACGGGCACGGCGUGAUGGGCAGCUACGGCGAGGUGCCCGUGCCGGUGCCCGUGGUGGUGGGGGGCAGCAACGUGGGCGGCUCCCUCAGCUCCAUCGUGCACAGCGAGGAGGAGCUGACGGGCAGCUACAACUGGGACUACCUGCUGGACUGGGGGCCGCAGUACCAGCCGCUGGCGCACGUCUUCUCGGAGAUCGCGCGCCUGAAGGACGACACCCUCUCGGAGCACAGCGGCAGCGGCGGCUCCUCGUCCGCCAAGAGCAAGCACUCCUCCUCGCACUCCUCCGCCGGAGCGGGCAGCGUGGUCCUGAAGCCGCCGGCCCUCGCCCCGCCCUCCCAUAUCCCGCCCCCGCUGCUCACCAGCGUGGCCCCGCGCGCCAUCAACCUGCCGCUGCGGCUGCCGCCCCACCUGAGCCUCGCCCCCGCCCACCUGCCGCGCUCGCCCAUCGGGCACGAGGCGAGCGGCAGCUUCAGCACCUCCUCGGCCAUGUCGCCCUCCUUCUCGCCCUCGCUCUCGCCGCUGGCCACCCGCUCGCCCUCCAUCUCGCCGCUGGGGGCGGGCCCGCCCACGCACCUGCCGCACGUCUCGCUGCCCCGCCACGGCCACGCCCCCCAGCCCAGUCAGCGGGGCAACGUGGGCACGCGGAUGUAGGUCGGCGAGGGAGCUAAUAGUAUUACUGCACCACCCACACGAGCACACUCCACCCACCCAUCACGACUGCUGUACAUAUCACACACACACACGCACACACAUUAAGUUAGGAUCGCGGUGCAGACGUGGUCAUCGGAACGGUUCACUUCCCCCGGAACAGAAGGGAGCACGGAUGCACCGCAGUAGGAGUAGCGACCACAAAGCCAACAAAGACUCUCUGAGCUCCCUGGCCUGCCACAAGCCAAAAGCGAGGAGCAGCAGGAGCCGGAACAGCCAUACUUGUAAGCAUUUAGGGCCUAGACUAGCACCACCACUAGCACUUAGUAGCCUGAGCAACCCGCAUAAGUAAUAAGUAGCCCGUAACGUAGAAGUAGCGUAGGACCGACCCAACUAGUUUUACGAGCCAAGUGCACUUAUUCCAUUCCAACUCCACUCCACUCCGAGCUCCGAAAUUGUAAAAAGUUGUUUUAGAAAACGUCGGGGAGAACUCUCUCGAAGGCCUUGUAUAAAUCCGAAUCGAAGCGAACGAAUCGAAGGGGAUCGGAGGAACCUUCAAGUAACAUAUAGUACAUUAAGCAGUUACCAGUUAUUCACUAGUUACGUAUAUUAUGUAGACGUAUGUAUGUACAUGCCUAGCCCUAGACUAGACUAGCCCUAGUGUAUGUCCACCUGUGUGUGAUGCUACUCGAGUAAUCCCUACGUUCUAGCAAAGCUGUAAAAAUGUUCACCAGUCCGAGGACCUCCAGUUGCUAAGCCUAGUUUGUAAUAGCUAAACGAAAGCAAGAGAAUAAAUAUUUAAAGUAAAAUAAAUGGAAACGAAAGCAUAAAAAAUGCA